AAGAAGCUUAUGAGUUAAGAAAAAUCAACUUCUCUAAACACUGCAAAGAUAUUUUGAUUAAUUACAACCAACAGAAAUUCUUUAUUAUGAGCCAUAUUUAUUAUAUAUAUAUAAAGGUAGGUCUCUCCCUUUUAUUUUUCUCUUCUUCAUUCCACCUUCCUCUUUCUUGCUUUCUUGCUUUGUGCAAGAACUCCUUGUUGAUGUGAUUCUCUCCACUUGUAUAAUCUCCCAAAAAACAGACCCCCAUAUCCAUUACCCUUUACAAAAAGAGAGAAAGCUCAUCAACAAUAUCAACAGCCAUGGUUUUUUCUUCUAUCCCAGCUUAUCUUGAUCCAGCCAACUGGCAACAACAACCAAAUUAUCAUCAUCACCAACCAGGAGCAACUAGCGGUCUAAACUCUCAUCAGCAUCCUCCUCCUCCUCCUCCACCACCACCACCGCCACCACCUCCUCCCCAACCUCAUGGAAGUGUUGGUGCAGGUUCCAUCCGCCCUGGUUCCAUGGCGGAUCGAGCCCGGUUAGCUAACAUACCCAUGCCAGAGGCUGCAUUAAAAUGUCCAAGAUGUGAAUCCACUAACACUAAGUUUUGCUACUUCAACAACUAUAGCCUCUCUCAGCCUCGACACUUCUGCAAAACCUGUAGAAGGUACUGGACCAGAGGGGGUGCCCUAAGAAAUGUUCCCGUUGGAGGUGGCUGCAGGAGGAACAAGAGAAGUAAAGGGAGAAGCUCAAAAUCUCCCGUCAGUGGCGAUCGCCCAACGGGUUCCGGUUCCUCAAGUACCGUUUCUUCUAAUAGCGGAACCAGCGACAUAUUAGGCCUCGGACCACAGGUUCCACCACUCAGGUUCAUGGCUCCUCUGCAUCAUCUUACAGAAUUUGCUACUGGGAAUAUUGGGUUAAAUUACGGUUCCCUUUCGGCUCCAGUUGGAGGACCAAGCGACUUUAAUUUUCAAAUAGGGAGUGCUUUUGCCGGUGCUGGUAUUGGUGGUAGUGGUGGUUCUCUUUUGUCAGUGGGUGGUUUGGACCAGUGGAGGAUGCAACAAGGUCAGCAAUUUCCUUUCUUGGGAGGGCUAGAUUCUUCUACUUCUUCUUCUGGGUUAUAUCCAUUUGAAGCUGGUGCUGAACCAUCAGGUUAUGUUGGUGGAGCUGGUCAGCUCAGGCCGAAGAUAUCCACUUCUGGAACUACUCAGUUGGCCUCACUAAAAAUAGAAGAGAAUAAUAAUAAUAAUAAUAAUAAUCAGGAGCUGAAUUUGUCGAGGCAAUUUUUGGGAAUUCCAGGGAAUGAUCAGUAUUGGGGUGGUAGUGCAUGGACAGAUCUUUCUAGUUUUAGCUCCUCUUCCACUAGCAACCCUUUAUAGAUUUUGCCUCUGCUGGUCUCCGCUUAAUUAACUAUGUAGGCAUCAAGCUUCAUUUAUUUUCCCUUACUUACUACAGCUUCAAUUGAAGAAAAUCAAGUAGCGAUCUAUCUAGGAUCACCACUGUUUAUGAGCAAUCGUUCGUCAUCUUCUUUCAAUCUCCAUAAAUAGCUCAAAAGUUAUAGUUCUCUGCUUGUUUAAGAUGAAGGAGCUAGUUUGGGAGAUGGAUCAAGGAAUUUGCUUCUGAUUUCAAGAUUAACUAGAAAAACCCUAGAAUGGUAGGCCUUUUGAUUUUGCUACUGUUUUUGCAGUUACUUCAUUUCUUAGUUUAGUCUUACAUUGCAAUGUAUUGUCAUGUUCACCACAUGCAGUGAGUGUCUGAUGAGUUAAUGGAGUUCAUUACAUAUGCUGAUCAAAAGCUUUGUACUAAAAAUUAUAUGUUUUGCAGUUCCAUACUUUUGAAA